GUCCGCUCGGCUUCGAGCUCCACGGGUCUUGUUACCGCGCGUUCCGGGGGGCAGAUGCGCUCCCUAUCGGGUUCGCAGGGUGCGCACCAGGUCAUGCGUGUUUCAUUUCGGAGAGCUGAUGCGCUCGGACGUAUCCAGUCUCUGGGCGUUACUAACAGACUGUUGCUUGCUGGGCUUUGGCCCUGGGACAGGAAUUUACGGUGUGAGGAACUGAAGUGAAAAGCAUUUUACCCUGUGUGACGGGGGAGGGGUGUUUGUGUGUGUGUGUGUGUGUGUGUGCCCCCCAUCACCCUUGUCGUGGAGUGUUUAGCUCUCGCUUUCCCUUCAGAUACCCCACAUCUUCAGGCGUGACAUUGGAUCCGAGUUCGUCUCAUUGAGUUCUGGCUUGAGGAGGCAGGAGUGAAGCCGUGCGCAGUCAUUGGUUCGGUCUCCCGGAGGCAGACGGACCAGACAGAAGCCUCUGAUCUCCCAUUUCCUGCUCUCGUAUGGCCACGCUCACGGACUCGCACGCGGAAACACGGUUUCCCUGCGCGGCCACGUCCACAAACACACUCCCCAGCAGGACUGACCGCUGCGCGCGCAGUGUCCCCACAGGGGCGUCUUGUUGCAGCCAGUCUCCUUGCAUGCGUCUCCGGUGCAGUCACAACGACUGUGUGUCAUCGCCCAGCAUGAGCGGCUAAUGUAGCAUGGCCAACACUCCUAUGGGUGACGUGACAUACAGGGACAUGAGGGUAGAGUUUAGGGGGAGGUGGGUGCCUGUGUAUGUCUCAGAAGGGCCGCCAGGGGGGUCGCUGGUCAGUACGGGAGGGGGAGAAAGCACCGACACUGUUUGCUCCAAGUGGAACUUUGUUCGCCUUCAAAAACCCUUACUCCUCCCUGUUCCCAACCCCAAAACAUGACCCUCUACCGCUGAGGACAAAACCAAACCGUGCCCCACGGCCUCGCACUCAGAACGCGACAGGGCCCCGGCGCGUGCUCACAGCAGGGGGGUUUCCUUGGUUCUGUGCCAGAUUUCCUUAUCUGCGGUCAGCAUGCGUCCACCCAGGGCUGGGCUCGUGCCCUAACCCCCAGCAGCGCCCCAGAGAGCCACACCGUGGGUGGCAGGACAGAGACUGCGAGUGGGAGGACCUAUGCAGAGAGACAGAGGCCUGGCUAACUUCCUUAUUCUGCAUGUCAUUCACCGGCGCAAAGAGAGACGUGUGACCCACACAUUCGGCACCCACACUCACAAGUGUACAACGCUCACUCAUACAAGCGCAAGUAGAAAACAUGAAGUGGGGGCUGGUAUAAUGAUUGAUUACAGACACCUGCAAUUCAUCACAGGUUGUGGAGACCAGGGGCCAGCGAGGUCCGGGGUCUCUAUGGACGCCUCCAAGCCCGGAAAGUAUGUACAUCCAAGGCAGAGGGAGGAGGGAAGUCAGCACACCGGCGGACACUCAGCACCAUACCCUGACGGUGAGAAGGGCCAACAGCAAGUAUCAACGACAUCUGGUGAGGAAAGAGUGAAGCACAGCUUGCUCAACUUUCCUGUUAUCAACCCAGAGAGACUGCUGACAGCCCAAGUUCUGGUGGACAAAGCUGUGAAGAUGCGUAAGGUGUUCUCCAUACAAGGCCCGUACCCUGUGGUUCGAGCUGCCCUCAGGGUGAGAGGUUGGGUAGAGCGCCGCCUUCCACGUCCAACACGGUCCCGGAGCCAUAGUCAUGGACACGAGGACAACGGUGGGGAUGACGCUGGCGACAGUGACGAUGAUAGGCCAGAGGAGGGUGACAGCGAAGACCCAGAUGACAUGUAUGACCUCAUGUCUCGCUUGGUGAGGAACGAAACAUCAUAUUUCUACUGGACGACCCGUAGAGAUGCAAUUGACAACCGCUCAUUGCAAAGGGAGCAGAUGACUAAUCACUACUCUAAAGCAAGCACAUUCACCACCAAGGUGGGUCUGUGCGUGAACCUGCGCGGUCUGCGGUGGUUCGAUGCUGCGGACCCUGAUUCCUUCUUCCCUCGCUGUUACAGGCUGGGGGUGGAGGAUGAGAAACAGGCCUUUAUUGAGGACUACAGGAGAACAGUAUGCACCAGUCUUUUACAGUAUGUUGUGGAGAGGAGUCAAGGAGACCGUGGAGAGGGAGGUGGUAUAGCUAUAUCAACGGACCAAUCAUGUCAAAGUCAAAAGAAGACAUGCAAACGUCAACCCAUGUCAUUGGCGGCCUCCAGAAUGAUUGACAGUGCACUACUAGUGUGCCAGGACUUCCUAGACAGUGUCGAACACAAACACAUAGACAACGCUUUGGAAACUCCCCCACCCAUGACUGAACAACAGUGGCCAGAGUUUAUUGACAAUUACAACCAGGUUGUCAAUGGUGGUGCAGAGAUACAGGACAGUGUUCACGAAGUGAAAAGCUGUCAGGCCAUGUUGAGGAGGCUUCGUGAGGUCAGUCCGCAGCUAGACAUAGACGGCGUACACAACAUCUGGAUUGUCAAACCUGGGGCCAAGUCUCGGGGCAGAGGCAUUAUGUGUGCCAAUAGGCUGGAUGACAUCCUGGGGCUGGUGGACAAUGACUCAACCGUGAACAAGGACAGUAAAUGGGUGGUGCAGAAGUACUUGGAGCGCCCCCUGCUGGUCCAUGGCACCAAGUUCGACUUGCGCCAGUGGUUCCUGGUCACAGACUGGAACCCUCUGACUGUCUGGUUCUAUAAGGAGUGCUACCUACGCUUCUCCACACAGCCCUUCUCACUGGAGACCCUGGACAGUUCUGUCCACCUGUGCAACACCUCCAUCCAGAAGCACCUUCAACCCUCCCGCGAUCGUCACCCAGAUGUACCCGAAGACAGCAUGUGGUCAUGUGACCAGUUCCGUGCCUUCCUGUCCAGCCACGGCCUAGCAGCACAGUGGGGGUCUGUGAUUGUCCCGGGGAUGAAGAAGGCCCUGGUCCAUGCCCUGCAGACUGCCCAGGACCUGGUGGAGUCACGCAGAGGCAGCUUCGAACUCUACGGAGCCGACUUCAUGCUUGGUCGUGACCUUAGGCCCUGGUUGAUUGAGAUCAACGCUAGCCCCGCAAUGACCCCAUCUACUGCCGUGAUGUCACGCCUGUGUGCUGCAGUGCAGGAGGACACCCUCCGCGUGGUCCUGGACCGCCGUCUGGACGGAGGGGCACACACUGGGGGCUUUCAGCUUAUACACAAACAGCCAGCGGUGGAGGUACAUCCAUAUGCUGGGGUCAAAUUCCUUAUUAAGGGCUCGGAGAUCAAACGGCCCCAUCCUCGUCCUCGAAAAGCCUUCAAUCCCGGUGAGCUUCGAACCAAACGACUAGCACUCGGACGUUGUCCAAAAAGCAAGCAGAAAGAGGCUGUGGCAGAAAACCCAAAGCUGGCCCUGGAGGCUGUGGUCCAACAACUGACCUUCUCUGGCAUCAGAGCCCAGCCCCCACCGUCCCCUGAGAGGCCCCUGGGCAAGGGGUCCCGAAGGCUGCAGCGUCUGGACCUGGGUCCGGCCAGCCCCCUCCAGCUGGCCCACAGGGCCCAGUCCCGCUGCACAGACUUCUGGUGGAGACAUCAAGUUGUAAGGCCAUGCUCAGUGAAACCGUGCCCCCCUGCCACCUCUGAUAGUAUUAAAGGCCCAUUGCUUCCGUUGGAGGUCAUCAGCCUUCGCAACCCAGACAGGGAGCUCCCUUCACUACUUCUUUCCACUCCAGUAGUGCCCCUAGCUGGGAUCAGUUUCCAGGACUUCAACAGGACACAGAAUUCCAGCUAUAGGGUGAUCAGGACCAGAUGUGUAGGGAGGGGAACUCAGAAGCACGUAUGACUGGGAGGACAAUUUACUAAUAACUGAUAACGACUGCCUGAUUUGAAAGCUGUCUUUUUCACAUAGUAAUUGUAGGCCAACCUUAUAAAAAAGUCACUAUUAAAUUAACUUUAAUCUUCAGUUACUUGGUACGCGUUGCUUUUCUUAUUUUGCU